CGCAUGCGUUCUUGCUCUGGUCCAGCAGGGGUCGCUGUAGCGUGUGCUGAUGUUUAUAAAACAGAUGAAGCAGAAGCGCUGCAGCUGAUCAUCAGAAGCUCGUGCACAGCAGGUGUGUUUACUGAUUUAACUGUCACAUCAGCUGAGUGUCACAGUGGGGAGGUGGUGCAGCUGCAAAGAUGUCCAGACAGAGCACAUUGACGGCAGCUGUGGCCACUAUGUUAGGUGCCACGCUCGGUGGUUUGUUCCUAUGGCGCAGUAUUCGCUCUCAGAAGAGGAAAGCCCUGAAAGACCCCGCUACAGCCGAGCCCAUUCAAGCCCAGCUGGAGCCGGACGUCACCCAAUCAGAGCCUGCGAAACAACAGCGAUCCGCGCCAACACAAACCCAAAAGCCUGUGCCACUGCCGCCCGUCGAUGCCCUGUUACAGGUGCCACCUGUGAUCGUGAGUUCCUCAGAAGAGUGGGAGACGCUUUGGCCUGCGUUCCAGAAAGACCUGUCAGUCUAUCCGGUCCUGGGAUUGGACUGUGAAUGGGUAAAACGCAUGCGUGUGUCCUUCAAAGGCAAGGCCUCCGCGGUCUCCUUACUCCAGUUGGCGACGUUCUCUGGCCGCUGCGUGCUGGUCAGACUGCUGACGUUUCGUGACGCACAGCUUCCUCUGCCCAAAAGUCUCGCCAGGGUCCUCUCAGACCCCCGUGUACUUAAAGUGGGGGUGGGAUGUUUUGAGGAUGGAAAGCGCCUGGCUAAUGAUCAUGGCUUGGCUCUUGAAUGCACAGUGGACCUUCGAUAUCUGGCUCUUAGACAGAGGCAAGCUGUUUUGAAUAACGGACUGAGUCUGAAGUCUCUGGCCUCAGACCUGCUGAAUAUCACACUGGACAAAUCCCACGAGCUGCGCUGCAGUGACUGGGAGGCAGACAUACUGACCCAGGAACAGAUGACCUAUGCAGCCCGUGACGCGCAGAUCUCCAUUGCGAUUUUCUUUCACCUGCUGCAGCUGAGUUGCGAGCUCAGCCGUCCCGCUGAGGGUGAAAGCGUGUUUGUUCAGUUGGCAUCACGGUGCCAGGGGCUGGUAGAUUUGCCCUUUAGGGGGCACUGUGGAGGAGAGAGAGAAGACGGGGAAAGGAGGAGACGGAGCAGGAAGUCCACCGCGGACAGUCCUGAGUCUGGAGACCAGCAAGUUCCAGACCCGCGGAGGAACAAACGGAAACCACUGGGAGUGGGAUAUUCUGCCAGGAAAUCUCCCCUUUAUGAUAACUGCUUCCUUCACGCACCCGACGGUCAGCCGCUCUGCACAUGUGACAAAAAGAAAGCAAAGUGGUACCUGGAGAAGGGAAUUGGAGAGUUGGUCAGUGAAGACCCUUUUAUUGUUCGGCUCCUGUUCGAGCCAUCAGGCCGUCCAGACUCCCAGAAAGAUUAUUAUCUUACGGCCAAAGAGAAUCUGUGUGUGGUGUGUGGCAAACUGGAGUCUUACAUCAGGAAGAACAUUGUCCCACACGAGUACAGGCGUCACUUUCCAUCCGAGAUGAAGGACCACAACUCGCACGACAUCCUGCUGUUGUGCACCGCCUGUCACGCGGCAUCCAACGUGCACGACGGCGUCCUGAAGCAGCAGCUGGCCGAGGAACACUCGGCUCCGCAGGGGUGCGAGGAGGGCAUGAGACUGCUCGAAGACGCAGACCGCCGGCGAGUACGCUCGGCCGCUCGCGCUCUUCUCAGCGCCGGUGACGGGAUGCCGGAGUCCAGACGCGAGGAGCUUAUGUCUGUCAUCCAGAGUUUCUUUUGUGACGGUCAGCAAAUCACACAAGAGAUGCUUCAGAUAGCUGCGGCGCUCGAGACCAGGAUCUUUAACGAGAGUUACGUGCCACACGGACUGAAGGUGGUGCGGGCGUAUGCCGAGCGUGGUCUUUGUGGCCUGAUGGAGUUGGAGAGCCGCUGGCGGCAGCACUUUUUGACGAGCAUGCAGCCACGCUUUUUGCCCACACUUUGGGCUGUCAACCACAACCAUGACAAAUAUCUGCGCAAGUACGGUGCAGACUUGAAAAUCCUGCUCAACUGAUGCCCUCGCCGGUCUUCGUGCUGGGAUGGAAAGGUUUCCUUGUCUUAUAAACCCUGUGUUGGUCAUGAGAUGAACUCUGAUCACAGGCAAGUCCUGGUGACUAAAUUGGGCCCCAAGGGACCAGAUGGAGACUCUUGUGGGAUCAGAAACCACUGCGGUGAAUGAAAGGACACCUCAUGCAUUGUGCAAUGGUGACAGGUACAAUAACUGCGUUAUGUGCACACUUUUUUAAUGUUUAAAGCUGUGGAGAUAAGCAUUCAGAUUUCUCUGUAAAACAUCGACAUUUUAACCAGCCCAAACCUGCUCUUAAUUCUUAAUCAUAAUGAAUUAAAUAAAAUAUUCAUAACUUACAAUUCUUGCAGGUUUGUGGCCAUAUUAAAUAUUUUGUUAAGUGUUAAAUCAGUUUCUCCUGUGAGCUUGUUUUUUAUUAUGGAGCUUUACCAUUUUUGUGAACAAUGCAGGCUGGUUUUUGUUCAGUGGGUUUUGAGGAAAACUCAACUUAAAGUUUGAUCGGAUCUUCGUACAAUACAUCUGUAAUAUGUAAAGGAUCAUUCUCAGAUGUCAGGACACAUCAGCGCACAUCUGAUCAUUGUUGUGUAUAAACCCGACUGUACACAAACCUCACAGCUCAUUGUUUUCAAUCACUGAUUCAGAUUUCUGUAGCGCCAGUUUGUGUUACAGUCUGAGAGAUUUCAGCUCCAUUGAUGAUAAAUGUAAACGCCGAGCUCAAGGACACUGAGAGUAUUACACUUAUUAUUAUUUAACUUAAGAAACAUUACAGCUUUUCUUUUUAUUUACAUUUGUCCAGAUGUAACCUAUUUAAAGCUAAUGUGUUUCCUUAUUGUCAAUAAAGAUAUUUAAUGUCA